AUGAACGAGAAUGAAGAUGGGACUUCAAUUGCAUACUCUGGGAACUGCACAAAGUCAGACUCGGCGUCAGCUUUGAGAGAGCUAGAACAAAGAUGGCAAUGCGCAGAGAAAGAUCUGGCUUAUUGUAAAAUCCAGAAAUGGGAUAAAGAAUUCCAGAGAGCUUUGAAGGAUUGUGUACAAAGUACAAAUAUAGCAAAGGCUUCUUUGCGAGGCAGUAUAAGCACAGCCCACGUCAAUGAGGACGAUAUGGAAGAUAUCGCACACCGUCAGGCAGUACAUGAUGAUGAUGAUUCACUGGUCAAUGGGGGCGAAGGAGGAGACAAAUUGUUCGAUGAUGAGUUUAGAUCUCUACUCGAUGUAGAUCUUCGAAGAUUCAUUGAAAGCGAUACCGCGAUAGGGCAAGAUGAACAGAAAGACCUUCGCCGUCAUAUCUCGACGUACAACCACCCAAGUGUCAGAGUAAGCAGUCAAGCUAAUGAGACAUACUUAUCCCUCGAAAAGGCUGAAUCCUCCUACAGAAGAUUAGAAUCAUUCCUAGGUCAGAAAGAACAGAACCUAUUCGAUCCUGAUAAUUGCACAAGGUACAACAAGGCUUUGGAUCAGGAUGUAGAUUUGUGGGAUGAGUGGAUCUCACUGAGAAAAGACGUUUCGAUGAUCAGAGAAUGCCACAAAGACAUAUCGAGCUCAUGA